GAGCAGUCUUAGGGAAUGGGUGGGACACUAGUCAAAGAAGGGACGCACAAGAAUUCGUCGUUUCCUUAUUACAACCUGCAUUCGGCUUUGCUAAUGUCUAAUGAUUAAAGUUUAUGGGUUUUUUUCUAAUUACAGGACAAUUAUUUCUCAGAGACACUUGCAAGCGUUGUUUAUAACAGUACAUGCUUUAUGGGCUAAUCAAUGAUAGAACACAAUGCUGCAAGCUCGAACAAAAUGUCUCUUAAUGGAAAAAUUCCAAUGUCGUGCGAUCAGUACAGCCCUGGCCGUGGAACGCUGUCAUGUUGUGGGGCGGGCUGUCGAAUUUUUCCAUUAACAUGCAGAAAGGAAAAACAAACUGGGGUUCUGUGGCAUUGAAGAUAGCACAACGACCCAUGAGCCGUCAAGGGCUGUGCUUCCCCGAGAAAGCCGCGUACUGUUGGUGAGCAGAGAUACCCCGGUGUCACUUUCCGAGACUUUGAACCCAUUUCAUAGGCGCGAAUAUAUAAGAAUCUGCUCAUCUGCCUACAUGAACUUUUGGAAGAGGUUGGCGAAGCGGCGCCUCGGUUCGAGGCUGCUUUGUGUGUGUGUGUGUGUUUAACCAGAUGUUGAAGGCACCGGGAAACCUCAGUCCAAUGCACUGAAGAGCCGGAGUAUUGGCAGACGGAGAGAGAGAACGAGAGGAAGAGGAGAAGGAAGAGGAGGAGGAGGAGUGUGAAAGGGAUACCUAGCCCCUUCUCACGGCUGGGAGCUGAACUCCUUUACCUCCCUGACUGAACUGAGGCUGCCCGCGGUGGGUGUACAAUGCACGGGCAGUUCAGUCCUUUUCUGAAUGGAUCCGCUGCUUUGCUGAGGAGCUGAUCCUUGCAAGUGAAUGGAGCGAUAGUUCGCGUCGCCUUCCUGGAGUGUGGAUUAUACAGAGAUUGACCAACAGCAACAGGGGGGUGGGGGUUGGGGGGUAAAAAGAAGAGGGAACCCUUUGAUCUUUGAUUUUGCUAUUCAGCAACCUCUCCCUCUCAUUACCCACCCUCCUACCCCCACAACCAUGCUCUAUUUCCAGUUGGUCAUAAUGGCAGGGACUGUCAUGCUAGCUUAUUACUUCGAAUACACCGACACUUUCAACGUCCACGUCCAGGGAUUUUUCUGCCAUGACGGCUCCUACAAUAAGCCGUACCCUGGACCCGAUGAAAGCAGUGCCAUUCCUCCAGCUCUACUCUAUUCUCUCGUAGCCGGUGUACCCCCUGUCAUGAUAAUCGUGGGAGAAGUGGCUGUAUUUUUCCUUCAAUCAGUUACUAAGGAGUUUGGAAAUCGUGAGAAGACCAUAGUAACUGGAGAUUGUUGCUACAUCAAUCCACUCGUGCGCAGAACAGUUAGGUUUCUUGGAGUUUAUGCAUUUGGACUUUUUGCCACUGAUAUAUUUGUAAAUGCUGGACAAGUGGUGACAGGAAAUCUAGCCCCCCAUUUUCUCACAGUCUGUAAACCUAAUUAUACAGCACUGGGCUGUCAGCAUGAAUCUGUGCAAUUCAUCAACAGUGAAGAAGCCUGCACUGGCAACAUAGAUGCUGUUACAAAAGCCAGAAAAAGCUUUCCAUCCAAAGAGGCAGCAUUAAGUGUGUAUGCAGCCGUCUAUCUGGCAAUGUAUAUCACAUGUACUGUGAAGGCCAAUGGGACAAGGCUUGCAAAACCUCUCCUCUGUUUGGGCCUCAUGUGUUUGGCAUUUCUGACUGGAAUAAACAGGGUGGCAGAAUAUCGAAACCACUGGUCAGAUGUUGUAGCAGGAUUCAUCAUAGGAACAGCUGUAGGAGUGUUCUUGGUUGCAUGUGUGGUACAUAACUUUAAGGGAAGAAAUACGAUAAAUGAAAAACUACAGCCUGACAACGUGAUGGAGAUCCCUUUGAUUACUCUACCACAUGUGGAAAGUCCAUUAGGAAAAUUAAGUGCUGUACAGUCAUUUAAGAUACUGACAUCGCAAGACCAGCAUUUAUUACCCAUCCCUAGUUGAUACUGAGAAGGUGAUGGUGGAUCUUCUUGAAUUGCUCCAGUCCAUUUGGUGAAGGUGUUCCAACAAUGCUGUUAGGUAUCGAGUUCCAGGAUUGUGACCCAACAACAAUGAAGGAAUGAUGAUAAAUUCUGAUGUCGGGAUGUGUGUAACUUGAAGAUGAUGGUGUUACCAUACAUCAUUUGCCAUUGUUCUUCGAAGUCAUGGAGGUCACAGUUCAGGAAGCGCUGUUGAAGAAACCUUGGCAAGUUGUGUUGCAAGUACGUACUGUAGAUAGUACCUAUGGUAUGCCACUGGUGGACUGGUGGACAAAGUGCCAAUUAAAUGGACUUCUCGCCUAUUUUUCUGGUCAAUCUGUUUUCAGUGCUGCCGUCAAGCUCAGAACUAUGAACUAUGUGACAUACGUAUAAAAUCAAUGUACUUUAAGAGCUUCUGGAGUAAUGUAGUUGUGUAAGCAGAAUAUACACAAAGCAACAAAAUAAAAACUCCAUCAGAGAUUUUUCACAUUCUUGUCUAUCUAAUCAAGUAUGACAUUCAAACAUAAAAGAACUUUACUGAAUGAAAGGGAAGCAAUUUAACGUACAACUUUAUCGUAGCCAUAUAUCUUCUUCAGAAACUCUGCUAUUUUAUAAAGAGUAUCAUCUAGCUGUUUCUGUUUAUCUACAAGCAGGGAGUCAAAUAAAGAGAAACAGUACUUUGGUUUUCUGUUUUACCAACUGGAAAAAUGCUAAAAUGUUCAUGCCAUCCUCAGGACAAGCAAUGUUAAAUUCAAAAUGACUCCUGCUUGUUUUGGUUCAGGGCUGAUAAUAUGACAGAAAGAGUUGGUAUGGAAGCUCGGACCUACAUCAGCAAUGCCUAAUAUGUUCAGCUAGCUACAGUGAGAGCAGGAAAGCCCUAAAGCUCUAGAUAGUUUAAAUAAAUUAUCAUUAAUGACACCACUUUCCUUUCAAUUAGACGACUCCCUAGAAUGUGACUACAGCUUCUGAGCUGUGCUCAAGCCUUUAACCUUUCUACAAGAAUAAUAUUAUUGCAAUGAAACAACUUUACAUUGUUUUCCCCGGCUUUAUUUAAUUUCCCUUUUUAAAGGCACUAAAGGUUUUUUCCUGUCAGUAGGGUCAGAUGGUAGUGGUGGGGAGGGAGCAUGGCAGUUGAAUGAAUCACAGCGUUGUUAAGGGAGGAUCUUAUUCACUGAGUCCUGACAGAGAAAUAGAAAAGGGUUGAGAUGGAUAUUAAAUAUUUUUUCUAACCUAUGGCAAUAAAGGUGAGAGGCAUAUAAGCUUCACUGAGGACACAUAGGCUGUGAUUUUAAUAAGUAGGAAUUCACAGAAAUUGUGCAUAAACUGGAGUCAAAUUGAAAAUGAUAACAGCUGAAGAGUGGAUUAACAUAUUGCACUGGAAGAAUCAAUUCAUGCAGUAACUAACAACACACAGUGGUCUCUCUCACCAUCUCUGAAAUCAUGACAGACUGAAGUAGCUACACCUUCUGGAGUGUCCUUUUGAGGGGUCAGCUGAUGCCUGAACUGCAAAUGUAUUCCUGGGUUCACACUGGAUAUUGCUUCACAGGGGCUAGUGAUAGCAAUUGACACUCCCAUUGCGAAUCACUUCAGCUUUGCCAUUUGGAAAGCUAUGCUUCCCUAUUAAUGAAAUGGUUGUGCUAACUGCCUCUGGUGCAGAUAGCAAGGAAAAGAAACUGUCAGUUCGCAUCCAGCACUCAUGCAGAAAAAUCCAACUGCUAUACCACAGCGAGACCGACUGAGGAGAAAGGGAGCAGACCUUUGACCAUGAAUGCAUUAGAAACGCAGAAAAUAGAAUACACUUUUGAAGAUUAUUGGAUUUUGUGAUCAUUUAUUUUUAUAACUGUAAAAAUAUCAAUAUCAAGUAAGAAGAAGGUGCUGAGGAAUGCAGACACAAGAGCUAACAAAGUGAAAGUGCUAAACAGCCAGACCAAAAAGUAUUAAAAAACAUAAAAAUGUUUGUGGAAAACUAUAUCCACAUCACUUGCAUUUCCUCAUGACAGAAAGGCUGACAAGAAUAGGCUACACAUGAAUAGGCAUUAGUGUUAUGAAAGCUCCAGUGCUCUGUUAACACAAGCUCCAGCAUGGACUCUUGAUCACUUCUCAUAUUAGAUGAGAUAAUGCCUCCAUUAAAAUAGCACAAAGAGAAGAUGCCACACAAACGCAUUAAGUGAUCACCUUCCACCAUCUCCCAGCAGCAAUAAGUACUCUCUAAAGAUUUCACUUGUUUUUAUUUUUGACUAAUGAUAGAUUGUUCUUUGAAAUGUUGGAUUGUCCUAAUUUUUGUAGGUACUGGAAUCAAAGAUCUUGACUGUUCACUGAAUAAUUUAAGUUCUUGAAAUUAUGCCUUGGGAUGCUAACAUAUGAAUACAACUCACUUGUCUAAAAUUUGUAUCUGCACUAUUUAAUUGAGAAGUUAACUUGUUUAAAUUAAAUGAAUUAUCAUUUCUUACAUGAGUUCCAGAUGAUUGUGUUAAGUAUGCAUUUGUAAAUUAUUAUUCUAUGUCUUAAUUUCACAGCACAGGUGGCUAAAUCACCAGCUCCUUUAUAUAACUAUAACAACAAAUUAAACAUAAAAAUGUGUAAAUUAUUAAGUUGUAACUUAUCAUUGUAAAUUAUCAUUCAGGCUGGAAUACAAAUAACCAUCUCCUGUGUUAUAAAAGUCUACACUUUCUUUCAGUGAAUCCAUUAAUUUACAUGCAUUGUUCUAAAUCUUGAAAAUGUAAUGACCCAUGACCUAGAAGCAGUAAGAUAGAAAAAAAAUGUAAUUUUAAAAAUAUGCCUGUGGGAUUUGUAAUUAUUCUCAAGAAUGUUUGAAAAUAACUUUUAUCUGUUUGCAUCAAGUGCAAUCAAUUGUAUCUUUCUUGGAGAAUAAGAGAUACUGGUCCAAGUCACCUGGUGACCCUUGACCUGGAAGUACCAUUUGGAAAGAAGUUACCAUAUGGAUACUGUGUGGUCAAACACAAAAUAUAAUUCAAAGGAGGUACAGGAUGAAAGCUCAGAUGCAGACACAAAGAAAAAGUCAGAAAUAUGAACUCUUGUGAGAAAAAAAUCAUUUUCAGGAAAAGGUCAGUUUUUCUCUUUAAUUGUCAGCAAGUGGAAAGAAACAAGAGCCCUUGGAGUUACUGCAUAAGGUAACUUAACAAAAACAGAACAGGUCUGUGAAUAGGUUGUAAAUGCUGAAGAGCUGGGUGUUAUCUCAGGAGAGACCAAACCAUGAACCAGGGUGUUAUUUAUUGUUCAGUUGAAAAUAAGCUUUGGAAACCUACAAUGGCAGCACUGUUCUGUCUUGAGAGAGAGAGAGUAAUGUGCCUUGGAGAUAACAAUCACCCUUAGUGAAACUCAAAGUGGAAGGAUGUUAUUGGAAAAGACUCCUGUUGAACACUGUCAAAUAAAGAAUGCCAUUGGAACUGGGGAGUAUGAAGUGCUGCAUUUAUGUGAGGAGUGAUGUGAGUGCCUCUGGCUGUAUAUUUGUUAUAUUAAAUAUUUCAAGUGAAAUUGA